AGUUUUGGUAUAAAAUAAAGAUCAGCGUAUACCGCAAAAACAAAAAUAUAUUUUUGAAAAAAAUAUCUAAUCAUAAUAAUAUCUCGUUUUGUUUUUGGAUGCGGUCGCACUACGGGAACUCAAAUUGUUAAUAAAAUUAAACACACAUAUUAAGUGCCACUCUUCACGGUUCCGGAAAGUUAACUGUAGAGUCCAAUCGAGAAAAUUAAACCAAAUCAAUUUAUAUGGCUAUCCAACACAAAACACGAUAAAAACUAUAUCAGAUAAACUUAUUACAGGUACUCAAAACGAGAACAAAAAUAUAAAAAUCAUAAUUUUCAUGAAAAACGAGUGUUUUUGAAACGGAAAAGAGUUAAGAAUUCAAUAAAUUCCUAAGAAAAAUAUACUAAGAGGCAAAAGAAGAAUGCAACAAGUUGAAUCGGGCCGCAAGUUGUAAAGCAAGUUAGAUCCGCACUCAGAUACACACUUAUUCAUACGCGAACGAAUGCCCGUCCCGGAACACACUCGCACACUCAAUAGGCAGAAUCACACUGCGCACACACAGAUACAAACAAACACACAGGCACACAGCCCAUAACAAUGUCAAGUGAAAACAUUCUCUGGAAGCAACAGGUUUCCAUUUAAUAAGAGAAGAGGAAAUAAACAAGAGAGCGCAAAGAGAAAAUAUAACACAAAUAAAUACAACAGAAUUGAGGCACGGAAAUUAUAAAAUUCAAUGAGAGUAUUAUAAUUAUGAGCAUUAAGCUGAUAGUUCUAUAAGUGGAUUAGCAUAGAAACGACAGACUUGGAACCAAAUCAUACCCAAAACACCCAACCGGCAGAUCAUUAGUUCUUAGAUCGCAACAAAGAAAUCAACCUUAAAUAACCAUGGAAUUCUACGAUGGCGACCUCAAAGACAUAUGGGACUCCGACUUAGAUCCGGAAUCCUUGAAAAUUGGCAGCGAUCACGAUAUGCACGACUGGCUGUUCGAUCGCGAUGUCAAAGAUCCCACCGUUAUACUCAAUGACAAGCUCAUCUCGGAUGCGCUACUCAAUGGUACGCUGCCCAUCAAAACCGAGCAUUCCUAUAGCCUUAACAGCGAUGUUGAUUCCCUGCCAAACUCCCCAAAAAGUCUGCAGGCCAAAAUCGAGGACAUGGAUGACGAAUGUUUCCCCGCAAUUUCACUGAAGUCGGCCACCAGUGUGCGGGCUACCAUCGAUCCCAAAUGCCUGACCCUUCAUCCGCAAUCGCACACACCCGCCACACACAGCAGCCGACUAAGCUGCAAUCCCGCCCGGAGCACAGAGCUGAGCACAGCCACAGCGACUUUGACUCGGGCCGGCCUCCAUACGCACUCGCAUCACCUGCAGACCGGGAGUAACAGUAACAGCUCCAGUCACGUGGUCGCUACCAUGGAGCCCUAUCAACUACCUCACUUGUACGACAAUGACUGCAGCUCGUCGUUGUCGUCGAUUCGAUCUGGAAGCAUUUCGCCGGACUUAUGCUCCGACAUUGAGAUUGACGAGUCGGCAAUCAAAGAUGAGCCUAUGUCGCCCGACUCCAGCUGCCCCGCUAGUCCCAACUCACAGGGGAGCAGCAGCUCCCAUCAGAACCAGAUGACCCACAAUCUGGCUCAUCUACAGACGGAAAUGCUCUUUGAGCAGAAGCACGGCGAACUCUUGCUGGCCAGCAGCACCAACAAUCACCUCAUUAAGUCCCAGCAGAGUAACCAGCACACGCUUCUGGGACAGGGCGAUCUGAUAAUGGCCAAAAUGGAGAUCAAGAGUGAAAAACAAAACACCAGCAACAGCAGCACCACUAGCAGCAGCUCGGGCAAGUCACAUGCUUACGGCAUUCCCUUGACUCCGCCAUCAUCUCUUCCCAGCGACGAUUCCGAAGGUAACUUGACACCGGAACAUUUGUUUUCGCCACUGUCGCCCAACGCUUCCGUUUCUAUAUCCGUGGCCAAUGCAGCCAAUGGUGAGACUUCGACCAUGGUGCGACGAAACGUUACCGGCAUCACGCGCUCUGCCAGCUGCGGCGGUUCCGGCUCCAGCUCCAGCAACAGCACCACCACAACAAGGCAGCCCAUACACACGCCUCUGAUAAGCUCACAGCCGAAGGGCUCUACAGGCACGCUACUGCUGACAGAGGAGGAGAAACGUACCUUGCUCGCCGAGGGUUAUCCGAUUCCACAGAAGCUCCCUCUAACAAAAGCCGAAGAGAAAUCGCUAAAAAAGAUUCGACGAAAAAUUAAAAAUAAAAUAUCUGCUCAGGAAAGUCGUCGAAAGAAGAAGGAAUAUAUGGACCAGCUAGAGAGGCGCGUGGAAAUUCUUGUCACUGAGAAUCACGACUACAAAAAGCGCCUCGAGUCGCUGGAAGAGACCAAUGCCCAUCUACUUAGUCAGCUGCACAAAUUGCAAGCCCUAGUUAGCAAGCACAAUGUAAAAAAGACCUAAGCCAGGGACCCAGGACGUGUGCCGGUUCCUUUUCUUGUUUGCCCGCCUUCCCGAAAUACCUAAACCUAUAACUACAUACAUACAUAUAUAUGUAGAAUACUAUAUUUUUUGUUCAGCCUAUUAUUUAAAUUGACGUAAGAAAUUGUGUCCGUUUCCCUCCUACUCUGCGAGUUCUAAUACUCCUACAGCCACUCUUGCAGCCCUCUUCCCAUCUAUAUUCAAGCGAUUUUGCACCCAGAUGCCCUAACUAAAACCAUAUCAUUUGUAUGUAUAGAUGUGUGCCCUAGCUACUCGUAGAACGUUUCGUAUACAUAGAUAUGUAAAUUAGUCAUGCAUUCCUGUUAUAUACAUUUUACCUAGAUUGUAGACACUUACCAACUCCAACUGCGACCACAACAGAAACGAUGUCGAUCAUUAGAGAAGCUAACUAACAUUAUUGUACACGUAAUUGAACGAAAUCAAGAGACCAAAAAAACAAAAGAGAAAUGUAAAGAAAAUCUACAAAAAAUCGGAUAUGGCAAGCUUAGAUGUGGGCUCUGUUCGAUCUGAUCUGAUAUAAUUUAACUUAAUCCACAUAAGAGCAGCGAUAUACAUAUGCAUACAUUAUGUUUAAGUAAUGAUUGAUAACAAUGAAUGAACGGAAGACUGUUGAAGCUGCAUCUCUGUAUUGUCUUUGCCACGACUCUUGUUCCUUAAAACGUAAUUUUUCAAGCUACUAAAUGUUUCGAAAGUGUAUACAUAAAUAAUUCCAUAAUGAAGGUAAAUAGCAUAAUUUCAUAACGAAGUACAUAUGCAUAUAUGCAACAUUUUAGAACCAGCAACCGCAAUGAAGCGCACCAAUGCAUAGUAAGAAUCUUGAGAUGGUUCUCUAAGGCGUUAAACAAUUUCCGAGCCAAUUAUGAAAAUGAAUUUUUGUUUGUUAAGUUUAAUAUUAUAAGAGCUCAAAAGUCCGAAGGCAACCCCCAAGGUAAUCAAUGUUUUACCAACUUGUUUUUAAAUUACUUUUUAGUGCAGUUUUUUUGCAUAACUAGUAAUGCUGAUGUUUCGCGCUCUUCCCAUGGCGUUAAAAAAUGAGUCAUUCUAGUUUAAAUUAGUUUCAAUUAUCUUUAAAAAAUACUUAAGCGAAGUUUUAAGCGUAACCCGAUGAUUUCUUAUUAUACGAGUAUGUACUAACUACACAAAAUAUUUGUGCGUGUAAAGAUUACACUGUAAACCAAGCGGAGUUGUGCAAUUGUUAGUAAAAUUAUACAACAAAGAAAAACCUUAUAGAUAAUUAUUGAGACAUUGUCGAAGUUGACAUAGAAAAUGCUUGUGCAAUGACAAAAACUUUACUAUAA